AUGGCUUCUAAAAAGGUUGCCAAGGUCACUAGCGAACCGCUGAAGGAUGGGAAGGCUUCACCUAUGUCAAGCAAGCAUGCUGCUCAAGAUAUCAAGCCCAGCGACGCGGAGGAGAAUGAUAAUCCGGCAUCUCCUCCGGGAGAGCUGAAGCGUAAGCUCAAGAGUCGGCAUUUGCAGAUGAUCGCAAUUGGUGGAACUAUUGGCACAGGUCUUUUCAUCUCCAGUGGAACGGCUAUCGCAAAUUCCGGCCCGGCGGGCGCCUUGAUCGCCUAUAUGUUUGUCGGUUCCAUUGUCUAUUCGGUCAUGACAUCUCUCGGUGAAGUCGCAACCUACAUUCCCAUUCCCGGAGCUUUCACCUCUUACGCCGCUCGUUUGAUUGACCCCAGUCUCGGUUUCUCAAUGGGAUGGAUCUAUUGGUUCAAUUGGGCUUCAACAUUUGCUGUCGAGUUGACCGCCACGGGAACGAUUAUUCAAUACUGGGACCCGAGUUUGAAUAUCGCCAUCUUCAUCGGGGUUUUCUGGAUAUUUAUCACGGCUUUGAACUUCUUGCCGGUCAACUUUUACGGUGAAUUAGAGUUCUGGUUCUCGACCAUCAAAGUGGCGACCGUCAUCGGCUUUAUGAUCUUCGCUAUUUGUGUCGAUGUCGGCGUCGGCGAGCAGGGCUACCUUGGAUUCCGGUACUGGCAUGAACCUGGCGCCUUCAACACGUACAUUAUUCACCAGCCGGAGUCUGUGGGUAAGUUUGUUGGGUUCUGGGCAGUUCUGAUCCAGGCUGGUUUCUCAUACCAAGGAACCGAGCUUGUGGGCGUGGCAGCGGGCGAGACCGAGAACCCCCAAAAGACUGUUCCUUCGGCAAUUCGCAAAACCUUCGUGAGAAUUUUGUUAUUCUUUGUCUUGACAAUCUUCUUUAUUGGGCUGGUCGUUCCCUACACCAAUAGCAGACUGACUACUGGCGACACCAAUGCUUCGUCCUCGCCCUUGGUCAUCGCAGCAGAUCUCGCCGGCGUGAAGGUUCUACCCAGUCUGAUCAAUGCGGUGCUUCUGACCGUGGUAUUGUCUGCCGCCAACUCUAACGUAUAUAGUGGCAGCCGUAUCUUGACCGGAUUGGCUCACGAGGGAUUCGCCCCGAAGAUCUUUGCCCGAACCACUGAAGGUGGCGUGCCAUACGUGAGCGUUAUGUUUACUGCACUAUUUGGUCUCUUGGGUUUCAUGAAUGUGUCGGAAAAUGCAGGACAGGUUUUCAACUGGCUGGUGAACUUGUCGAGUGUCGCCGGAUUUGUGACUUGGUCCUGCAUCAAUGCCUCUCAUAUCGCAUUCAUGCGGGCACUGGCUGCACGUAAUAUCUCCCGCGAUACGCUCCCUUACAAGGCCAUUCUACAGCCGUAUAUGGCUUGGUACGGCCUGUUCUUCAACAUCCUUAUCGCCCUUACUCAGGGAUUCACGUCUUUCAUUCCCAAGUUUAACGUGACAGACUUUUUCUUCGCCUAUAUUUGUCCUAUCGUCUUCGCAGUGCUCUAUAUUGGGCACAAGCUGAUCACGCGAUCAAGGUUCGUUCGCCCCGCGGAGGCAGAUCUUGAUACAGGCCGACUUCACUACGAGAAGGAAACCGGCCCUCCCAAGAAGUGGUAUUGGAAGGUAUGGGGCUUUGUCACCAAGUAA